AUAAAUUCUUACUGCGUUCUGAACUAAAAGGAGAAGGGAUGAUUUCAUUUUUCCUCCCUCUAAGACGUCCUGUUUAAAAUGGAUCAUUGCUCAUUCCGGCAUUAUUCUUCCAAGCUGUGUGUAACAGUAAAAGAUUUCUGUUCGGGAGGAACUUGCCGGAUGGGUGCUCCUGGAGGCGCAUUCUCUGCUGCGCUUAGGAGGUCACAAGACUUGGACAUCGGUGAACAAAAACAUCGGCACGCUGAGAGCCCGGCGGCAAGCUUAUAGGCCCUCAGAUUCCCAAGUUCUCUACAUCCAGCAUCCAACAAGUUGUUCCCUUUUGGAAAACGACUUCACUGCCCGCACUUUGCGCUCCUGUCUUUUUGUGCGCCUGGCUCUUUUUUUAUUCGCAAUCUUAAGGCGCGUUCACUUCUUUUUCUUUCUUUUUUUUUGUCAAGCCUUAGAUCACUUUAUCUCAAAAGGAUCGCGGACUUUUCAUGGGAUCGGAUGAUUUGAGAAUGAAACUUGUCCUUUUGUCGUGCGUAAAGGUGUGGCGCACGGCAAAGUGAACUUCGCCUCUGGGACAAAAGAGAGAGAAGAAGAAGGGAAAAAACACACACACACACACCGAAGAUGUCAACGUUGCUUUGCCACCCACUCGAAAUCGAUUGUAUUACCUUCAAGAAGGUGGCACUCGGUAUAAAUAGCUACGCAAUUUUUCAAGAAAGACGGCGUUGAGCACAAUCUGCAGGCUGUUCUUUCUCACGCUUUUCGGAACCGCAGACAACGCCUGGAAGAAUUUGCUCAAGACAACUGUGUCCACUCUUCGGGACAUAAGCAUCCCCUCAACCGACAGUCAAGCCAUGCAUGUGGAGAGGAAAUGGCACAUACUGUUGACCAUCUUCUUUCUGCUCAUCACCUCGGGUCAGUGUAUGGACAGCAAAGAGGUCAAGCAGAAUGAGAGACGGACCCUGUUGGACCUAAUUUUGCAGGUUAUCAAGGACAGCCAGCAACGGGACAAGCCCGUGUCAAGGCGCUGUGGUGGUGGGCUUCACACCUCAGCACAAGACGUGAAGUCCUCCUCCAGGGAAAAGUCUUUGUACGUCCCUAGGCUGGAUAACAGUAGACUCAUAGAUAUUGUUCCCAGAGAUCCACACCUGAAGAACAAAUUCCUUGAGCAUUUUGGAGCAGGACAUGUCAAGUUCUCAUCGGAGUGCAAAACACACUUUCACAGACUAUACCACACCACAAGGGAUUGCUCCAGACCAGCAUAUUACAAAAGGUGUGCAAGAUUGCUAACACGAUUAGCAAUGAGUCCGCUCUGCAUGCAGUCAUAAGUUUUGUCCCUGUGUAAUGAAAGAGGGAUCAACGUGUUGCCAAGGAAGUGCCUUCAAAUCCACAGCAGACAUGAGAAAGUUUUUUUCUGUGUGUAUGUGUGUUUAUAGUGUCAAUAUUUUUGUUGUUCUUGGUGUCAUAAAUCAAAAUGACGAGUGGAAGUUGUUGGUUGUUUUUGAAUGGAUUGCACCAUAAGCAGAUAAUUUAAUAUCCAAUGCACCUAUUUAUUGAGGAGGUAAAUAUGUAAUGAUUUAACAGUCAUUGAAAUAUAAUUAUAUUGGUUAUGACAGUCACGACUGAUGGAGAGAAAAUGUAUGUCCUUUGUUUUCUAUGUAAAUUCCACUUUUACUAUUUUGCUGACAUUAUACUCGAUCUGUGUCUUCAUCACAUUUUAUUUGGCACUUGAGUGAUUGCUGACAAUGAGACCACAUAAAAUAAAGACAAUGGUGAUAAUUCACUGCAUUAUGGAAUAAAGAAUA